AUGGACAAGCCACGGGUCAUCGGCACCUUCGUGGUGUGGGACUACGUGGUGUUCGCGGGCAUGCUGGUCAUCUCGGCAGUCAUCGGCAUCUACUACGCCUUCGCGGGGGGCGGCCAGCAAACCUCCAAGGACUUCCUGAUGGGCGGCCGCAGAAUGACCGCCUUGCCCGUGGCGCUGUCCCUCACCGCCAGCUUCAUGUCAGCCGUCACCGUCCUGGGCACCCCGUCCGAGGUCUACCGUUUUGGGGCCAUUUUCAGCAUCUUUGCCUUCACCUACUUUUUUGUGGUGGUCAUCAGCGCGGAGGUCUUCCUCCCAGUGUUCUACAAACUGGGAAUUACCAGCACCUACGAGUAUUUAGAACUUCGAUUUAACAAAUGUGUUCGUCUCUGUGGAACAGCCCUCUUCAUCGUUCAAACGAUUCUGUACACUGGAAUUGUUAUUUAUGCCCCUGCCCUGGCUUUGAAUCAAGUCACAGGAUUUGAUCUGUGGGGCGCGGUAGUGGCAACGGGGGUGGUCUGCACAUUCUACUGUACACUGGGUGGUCUUAAAGCAGUUAUCUGGACAGAUGUUUUUCAAGUUGGGAUCAUGGUGGCUGGAUUUGUGUCCGUGAUUAUACAGGCUGCAGUGAUUCAAGGUGGAAUCAGCACUAUUUUAAAUGAUGCCUAUAAUGGUGGAAGAUUAAAUUUCUGGAACUUUAAUCCUAACCCUUUGCAAAGACACACCUUCUGGACAAUUAUUAUAGGAGGGACCUUCACAUGGACCAGCAUCUAUGGUGUCAACCAAUCCCAGGUGCAGAGAUACAUUUCUUGUAAAAGCAGAUUCCAGGCAAAAUUGUCUCUCUACAUCAAUCUUGUGGGACUCUGGGCAAUCCUCACGUGCUCAGUGUUAUGUGGGCUCGCCCUAUAUUCCAGGUACCGUGACUGUGAUCCUUGGACAGCCAACAAAGUGUCUGCACCAGACCAGCUCAUGCCUUAUUUGGUACUGGACAUUCUACAAGAUUAUCCAGGACUUCCUGGACUUUUUGUGGCCUGUGCUUACAGUGGGACGUUAAGCACAGUGUCCUCCAGUAUUAAUGCCUUAGCAGCAGUAACCGUGGAAGAUCUAAUCAAACCUUACUUCAGAUCGCUCUCAGAAAAGUCUCUGUCUUGGAUUUCCCAAGGAAUGAGUGUGCUGUAUGGAGCCCUGUGUAUUGGAAUGGCUGCACUGGCAUCACUUAUGGGAGCUUUGUUGCAGGCAGCACUCAGCAUAUUUGGUAUGGUUGGCGGACCACUUACGGGCUUGUUUGCUUUGGGCAUUUUGGUUCCCUUUGCCAACUCAAUUGGAGCACUUGUUGGUCUGAUGGCUGGAUUUGUCAUUUCUCUAUGGGUGGGAAUUGGAGCUCAAAUAUAUCCUCCGCUUCCUGAGAGAAUGAUGCCAUUGCACCUUGACAUCUACGGCUGUAACAGCACAUACAAUGAGACAAAUUUGAUGACAACCACAGAAAGACCAUUUACUACUAGUGUUUUUCAAACACACAAUGUUCAAAGGACUCCACUGAUGGAUAACUGGUAUUCCUUAUCAUAUCUGUACUUCAGCACUGUUGGAACUUUGGUAACAUUAUUAGUGGGGAUACUUGUCAGUUUAUCAACAGGAGGAAGAAAACAGAACUUAGACCCCAGAUGUAUACUAACCAAAGAGGACUUUUUAUCCAAUUUUGACAUUUUUAAGAAAAAGAAGCAUGUUUUAAGCUAUAAAUCCCAUCCAGUGGAAGAUUGUGGAACUGAUAAUCCUGCUUUCAACCACAUUGAAUUGAACUUCCCAGAUCAGAGUGGCAAGAGCAAUGGGACUCGUUUGUGAAGCAGCUAUGAUACUAGAUGCCCUUAAAUGAUGUUUCAGUUUUGUGUUUUCUAGGAUAAUUUAACUAGGUUUUCUUUUUGUGUGUGUGUUGUAUCAUGAGUGUUUGGGGGAUACAUUUUUGUUAAAACAAAGUCUGGACUAUCUUCACUUACUACACCAUUAAUUGAUGUUACUCUGGAGUUUAGAAUUUUGGCAUUGGCAUUUCCCUGUCUUUCCUUCAUUUCAAUGAAGCUGUAAUUCUGAAAAUUAUAACUACAUAGACACUGAAAGGCUAAUACACACAUAUGAACAUGUAUUUGAUUGUCAAAGGUAUAUUCUUAAAUUUGGGCACUAUUGAAAAUAUUUUCCAUGACUUGGUGCUAGCAUAUAAGUUUGGAAGUUUGCCAAAAUCAUAAUUAAUUUUGUAAAGAGCUUUUUUUCCCUCCUAUCACAUAUGCCAUUCUUAGGGAGCAAUGAGAUAACAGGCCUGUGUUGUCUAGAUCUUUGCUUUUUAUCCCCUUAUCAGCCCAGGGCAUAUACUAACCUGGGAACUAAUUCUGUAUCAGGAAGGUGGUAAUCAAUAAGUAUUCUGUCUGGGAAAGACUGUGGGCCUAGUGAUCAAAGUCUUCUUGGUGCUGUUCAUUAAUUAUUGUGUCUUUUGGCUUGUUUCUUGAAUUUCUGGACUUUGGCUACUGAUACUGCCUUUCUUAAUUUUUAUAAUUUCUAUAAAUUUAUAGAAAUUUAUAAAAAUUUCUAUAAUUUUUAUCUGCAUGCCCAGUUUCUGACUUAUCAAGUUGGGUUUUGUUGUGCACUCUACCUGAGCCUGUCUUCAUAAUUUUCUGUUUAUUUCCCUGGGCUUGGUUAUGUCUCAAGACACUACAUGUGAAUCAUGCCACCCAAAAUCCUGGCUUACCAAGUCCCAGCCUACAAAUUAUGAACUCCCAUGACUUGGUACUAACAUAUACUUGAUGUAGGUACUUACAGACUUGAUGAUCUAAGAAUAGCAUAUUCUUAAAAAUGGUUAAGCUCCAUGGAGUUAGAUGACUGCACUCAAUGCUAUUAAGUUGAACUUUUGCAUGUCGACUAAUGUGCAAUCAAUUAAACUUAAAGAUACAUGUGCUUAGAAAUUUUUAAAUUUUAGUAUAUUUAUCCAGUUAAAGAGCUAAAUUACAUAGGCAAACACUGCUUUUUUUUUUUAAUGUCUGGACCCAAUUAAAAAAUGCCUUGUUCUAUGUUUUAAGAUUUUUAAGUGGCAGUCUCAAAGCUGCUUAGCUGUUUAUUUUGCUGGGUUCCUAGCUAAGAGUUUGAUUAUAGGAUUUCAUCAAUAACUUAUUUUUUGUACAAUUCCCACAUUAGAUACGGUUUAAAAGUACUUUUAAACUUUUCAAUUUUUUUAGAAACAUAAGAGAAAUAGAACAUAGAAAUGAUUUUAUGAUUAAAUAAUUUUGUGCUAUUUUCUGAUACAUGUUAUUUAGGUAAUCAGGGCCUGUACAUUUAGAGGUUGCUUACUGACAAUGUUAAGAAACUAUUAAAAAAAAAAAAUAAAGGCUGGUCGCAGUGGUUCACGCCUGUAAUCCCAGCACUUUGGGAGGCCCAGGUGGACCAAACUGGUGAAACCUCAUCUCUACUAAAUACAAAAAUUAGCUGGGCAUGGGGGCACGUGCCAUAAUCCCAGCUACUCAGGAGGCUGAGACAGGUGAAUCACUCAAACCUGGGAGGUGGACGUUACAGUGAGACGAGAUCACUCCAUUGCAUUCCAGCCUGGGCAACAAGAGUGAAACUCCAUCUCAGAAAAAAAAAAAACAAUAAUUUUUUAAAUGUGGCACAUAUACACCAUGGAAUAUUAUGCAGCAAUCAGAAAUGAUGAGUUCAUGUCGUUUGUAGGGACAUGGAUGAAUCCGGAGAACAUCAUUCUCAGCAAACUGACACAAGAACAGAAAAUGAAAUACCGCAUAUUCUCAUUCAUAGGAGGGUGAUGAAAAAUGAGAACACAUGGACACAGGGAGGGGAGUACUAAACACUGGGGUCUAUUGGGGGGGAAAGGGGAGGGCCAGCAGGUGGGGGAGCUGGGGAGGGAUAGCCUGGGGAAAAAUGAUAAAUGUGGGUGAAGGGGAGAAAGGAAACAAAACACACUUCCAUGUGUGUACCUAUGCAACUGUCUUGCACGUUCUGCACAUGUACCCCAAAACCUAAAAUGCAAUAAAAAAUUUAAAAAAUAAAAAAGGCUGGGCAUGGUGGCUCACACUUGUAAUCCCUACAUUUGAGAGGCUGAGGCAGGAAGAUAGCUUGAGGCCAGGAGUUUAAGUGCAGCCUAGGAACAUAGUGAGAUCUCAUCUCUACAAAAAGAAAAAGAUUAAAAAUUAAAAAAAAAAACUUAGCUAGGCAUGUUGGCAUAUACUUGUAGUCCCAGUUACUAGGGAGGCUAAAAUGGGAGAAUAGUAAUUUCUCCAGUAGUUGUAAAACAUGAAAGGCACUCAAUACAAAUUGGAAUAUAUGCUUGUGGUCAUGCGAUAAGGGUUAGUGAUAAAAAGGGCCUACUUCCAUAGGGAUGCUUGGAGUCUUAACAUCAGCCUGUGGGUAGAUGUGUGUAAUUCCGAGAUUUAGUGUUCGGGAAACUUUGUUGCCUUGUAGUUAGCCAUGUCUUCCAAUCAUCCAUUACCAAUAAUAUUAGUAAUAUUAUAAUAAGUAAGAGACUCAUAUCUACCAUCACUGAGUUUGUUGUCUAAUAAAGAAAGUGGGCAAAAUACAACUAGUUACAGUAAAAUGUUGUAACUGAACCCAGGUGUGGCUGCCUGCCACUUGAAAACCAAACUAAAGAGAGAAGAGAGUUGGUGGGAGGAAAAGCAGGUUUAUUUGAAGACCCAGUAAACCAAGAAGAUGGUAGACUGUUGUCCUAAAGUAUCAUCUUCAAUUAGUACCAAUUGCAGAUUAUUUUUCUGUUAAGAGCAGGGGGAAGGAGAGGUGGGUGGGAUCAAGAGGUGACUGAUAACUGCAGACAUCUGAGCACCAACCAGGGCCUAAGGAGGUUGAGAACUUCUUUUUCCUUGGUCAGGUCACAAUGCUCCUAUAAAUCUUUAACAAAACAUAGUUGUUUACAUACUGACCCUUUAAUCCCAGAGUUGGUUUCAAAAACUACCUGAUUGUUUCUUUGCAUAUGAUAUGGUUUGUAUUUGUAUUUCCCCACUCAAAUAUCAUGUGGAAUUGUAAUCCCUCGUGUUGGAGAAGGGGCCUGCUGGAAGUUGAUUGCAUCAUGGAGCGAACUUCCCCCCUUGCUGUUCUUGUGAUAAUUAGUGAGUUGUCACGAUAUCUGGUUGUUUAAAAAUGUGUAGCACCUUCCCCUUUUGCUCUUUUGCCUCCUGCUUCAGCCAUGUAAGACAUGCCUCUUUCCUCUUUGCCUUCUGCCAUGACUGUAAGUUUCCUGAGGCCUCCCCAAGCCAUGCUUCCUGUACAGCCUGCAGAAUCACGAGCCAAUUAAACCUCUUUGCUUUAUAAAUUA